CUCAAACCCCUUCUCCAAGUUUCACACACUUCCACACACGGCAUAACACACACACAGGCACCAAAUAAAUACCAGAUCAAAACCUGCAUUUUUACCAAAAAUUCUUCGCAUUCUAACGAGAAAAAUUUCUGCUGAAAGCUCGGUACAAUUCCUUAAGCGCAAGGCGAUAAGCUGAAAAGUUGGUUCUAUUUGGGAAGCGCAAGGUACUGUAAAAUUUUGUUGCUCGGAGUGAUUUUGAUUCAGUUGCGAUAAUUAUUUCGCAUUUCUUGGGCGACAGCUGCUUCUGGGAGAUGUGAUCCAAAUUAAUCGUUUUGUAGAGUCAGAGACUUGAAAAUGGCUUCUAGAGCAAUAUUGAGGCGGCAGAAGAUUUUCUCUGACUAUUUGAAUGUUUCGGCUCGAUCUAUUCUAAGUUUUCAACACUUGGGUCACAGCCAAUCUACUCCUACUUUGGAGUCUUGUAGUUUUAGCUCUCUAGCAAGUAGUUGUUCUCAGUUUUCAGAUUGUUCAAGGGAUCAUAAUGAAGUUAAAGUCAGUAAUGAGGAAUUAUUAAAAUUCACAGCAUCAGGGAAGCUUUGGCGUAGAAGUAAUGGAAUCUUGCUGUCUGGUUAUGGAAAUAGAAAUUUGGAGCUUAUUUCUCCUACGGGAGUGAGGUUGAUGUCACAUUCAAUACGUUAUGCUUCUACAGCUACUGCAAAGCAACCUAAUUUGGGUAGUGAUGAUGAAGAGGAUGAGGAAAGGGUUUCAAAAAAGAGAAAAGAAGCUUCACCAGAGGAAUGCGAUGAAGCUGUAGUUGGUUUGAGUACGGCAAAGGCUAAAGCGAAAUCAAAGCGGUUGCAUGAAUCUCAGAAAGUUGCUAAGUCUGUUCUACAAAGAGUUUGGGCCACACUUUUGGGAAUUGGCCCGGCUUUGAGAGCUGUGGCUUCAAUGAGCAGGGAGGACUGGGCUCAGAAACUUGUUCACUGGAAAAAUGAGUUCAAAUCAACACUGCAGCAUUACUGGUUGGGCACUAAGCUCCUUUGGGCCGAUGUGAGGAUCAGUUCAAGAUUGUUGUUGAAACUUGCAGGUGGGAAGAAUCUCUCUAGGAGGGAGAGGCAGCAACUUACACGGACCACUGCUGAUAUUUUUAGACUUGUUCCUUUUGCUGUUUUUAUUAUUGUGCCAUUCAUGGAAUUCUUGCUACCUGUAUUCCUGAAGCUAUUCCCAAAUAUGUUACCAUCAACAUUUCAAGACAAGAUGAAAGAAGAGGAAAAAUUGGUAAGAAGGCUCAAUGCGAGAAUAGAAUAUGCAAAAUUUCUUCAGGAUACUGCCAAAGAAAUGGCGAAGGAAGUUCAGAACUCACGUAGUGGAGAAACAAGAAAGACAGCAGCAGAUCUUGAUGAAUUUCUGAACAGGGUCAGAACAGGAGCUGGUGUCUCUAAUGGGGAAAUCUUGGGUUUUGCUAAGUUGUUCAAUGAUGAACUCACGUUAGACAAUAUAAGCAGACCUCGGCUAGUGAAUAUGUGCAAGUAUAUGGGAAUCAGUCCUUUUGGGACAGAUGCUUAUCUGCGUUUUAUGCUUCGGAAGAGACUGAAAAGCAUAAAGAAUGAUGAUAAAUUGAUUCAAGCGGAAGGUGUGGAGUCUCUAUCAGAGGCUGAACUCCGUGAAGACUGUAGAGAGCGUGGCAUGCUAGGACUGCUUUCAGUGGAGGAAAUGCGCCAACAGCUUCGUGACUGGUUAGAUUUGUCACUCAAUCACUCUGUGCCAUCUUCACUUAUGAUCCUUUCAAGAGCUUUUACUGUUUCUGGGAAGGUGAAGCCUGAGGAAGCAGUACGGGCUACAUUGUCUUCACUCCCUGACGAAAUUGUGGAUACUGUGGGCACAGAAGACUCUGUUUCUGAGAGGAGAAGAAAACUAGAGUUCCUGGAGAUGGAAGAGGAGCUCAUCAAGGAGGAGGAAGAAAAAGAGGAAGAAGAGCUAGCCAGAAAGAAGGAAAGUGUUGGUAGUCGAGAGGAUGUGGCUUUGAAAGAGAUGACUAUUCCAACAGCUAGGGAAGCACAAGAACGAGCUAGAGCAAGAGCAUUAGACAAGCGAGACCAGCUUUGCGAAAUUAGUCGUGCAUUGGCUGUUUUAGCUUCUGCUUCUUCUGUGAGCAGAGAGCGUGAAGCAUUUCUGAGGCUUGUCAAUAAAGAGAUCGAACUUUACAACAGCAUGGUAGAUAAAGAAGGCACAGAGGCUGAAGUAGAAGCAAUGAAGGCAUAUAGAGCUGCUCGUGUUGAAACUGAAGAUGCUAAUGAAGCUGAUACAGACGAGGUUUCAUCUGCACUAAUUGACAAGGUUGAUGCCAUGCUACAGAACCUUGAGAAAGAAAUUGAUGAUGUGGAUGCACAGAUUGGUGAUCAUUGGCGAGUGCUUGACAGAGAUCAUGAUGGGAAAGUUACUCCGGAGGAGGUGGCAGCUGCAGCGAUGUACUUGAAAGAUACUUUAGGCAAAGAAGGGGUUCAAGAACUCAUUAGCAACCUUUCAAAAGAUAGAGAUGGAAAGAUUCUUGUCGAAGAUAUAGUGAAGUUGGGCGGUCGAGCUGAGGAGGAUAAUACAGCUGAAUCUGAAGGACUCUAGGGGAUAACUCCGCCAGUUUCUACUAAUGUGAAUAUGCUAAUACUUCAGGUGCUUCUGGGAGAUGUGAUCCAAUUAAUCGUUUUGUGGCGUCAGAGACUUGAAAAUGGCUUCUAGAGCAAUAUUGAGGCGGCAGAAGAUUUUCUCUGACUAUUUGAAUGUUUGGGCUCGAUCUAUUCUAAGUUUUCAACACUUGGGUCACAGCCAAUCUGCUCCUAAUUUGGAGUCUCGUAGUUUUAGCUCUCUAGCAACUAGUUGUUCUCAGUUUUCAGAUUGCUCAGGGGAUCAUAAUGAAGUUAAAGAAAUCUUGCUGUCUGGCUAUGGAAAUAGAAAUUUGGAGCUUAUUUCUCCUAUUCAAUACGUUAUGCUUCUACAGUUGUGUACUUUCAUGAAAUUGAGUUUUUCAAUGCAGUUGUGUGACAUAUUUUACGUA